UGGGAAUGAAAGCAGUAAUUUCUAAAAAUGGUAUUUUCUUGUAAGGGUGAACGUGGUCGACAUCGUGAUGGUUCUAGUUCAGUGACAAAUCAGAGACCCACCAAAACCUUGUUUGUUAUCAACUUUGAUCCAAUUUGUACUAGGGAUCGUGAUAUACUGAGGCACUUUGAGCCAUAUGGGAAGGUUCUUCAUGUUUGCAUUAGGCGGAACUUUGCUUUUGUGCAGUUUACUGCACAAGAGGGAGCUACUAAAGCCCUUGAAGCUACACAAAGGAGCAAGUUAUUGGACAGAGUUGUGUCUGUUGAAUAUGCUUUAAGGGAUGAUGAUGAGAAGGAUGACAGAUAUGGUAGCCCUAGAAUUGGAGGUGGCUAUGGUAGACGUGGGUCCCCGAGUCCUGCAUACCGCAGACGAACAAGCCCUGAUUAUGGUAGGGCCCAUCCUGUUUACGAUCGCUAUGAUGGUCCUGCUUAUGACAGGUACCGGAGUCCUGAAUAUGGGAGGCACAGGAGUCCCGAGUAUGACAGAUUCCACAGGUAG